CGUGAGGGGAGGGGUACCACCGUGAGGGGAGAGGAGGACAUUGUUUGCCUGUGGCCGUGGGCAACGGGAAAAGCGAGUUAUCAGGGCAUGUGUGACUGUGUUCAGAAAGUGUGUUCGUAUGUGAGCAAGGGUGAAUGAGUGGGGUUGAUUUAGUGUGUGUGUGUGUGUGUUUGGAAGAGGGGGGGGGGGAGGUGGAAGCUUGCAUGUGUGUGAGGAACCUUCUAUUUGGGAUGCUGGGGAAACUGGAGAGCAUUCAAAGGAUGCUCAGACAAAGCUGGAUCUUUUUGUGUGCACUCUCGGUGCCCCUAAUCUGAAUGGUGCUGGAGGACUCGUGGAAUUCCUCAACUCUAGCCGUUGCGCCCAUCUGCGCUGCUGGGCAGCCACAAGGAUCUUCUGCAUGCAUGGCCAGGGGGUCUCACCCCCACCUCUUACCUCACAAGCCUCUGGCCUGAAGGAUUAUGGGUAACCUCAUCAGCCGGCCCAGCUGUCUGGGCCAAAGGUCUAAGCAUGUGAGAUCAGACGAUGACUUCCUGAAGGAGUGCUACCAGCGUAAAAGAGAAUGGCAGCGGCCAGAAACUCAGCCCGGGACCAAGCAGGUAGAGGUGAUUCAAGACAUCGCCAGGGUGGACACCAAUGGCAAAGAGCGAAGGAUCGAAAGGGAGAGCGACAAGGAGAGCGACAAGGAGAAUGAGAAAGAGGUGGAAAAGGCAAGGGAGGAAGCGGUUCGCACCCCUGUCUCGGACAAACCCCUCCGACGCUCCCCGGCCUCCACCCUCACCAGCACCAGCACCCUGGACAACGGCUGGCACAGCACCCCAUCCCGAACCGGGACCCUCACCAGGAGGACCAUGCCCCCCGACCUCGGCAGAUCCCCGCUGGCUUACCCCGAUAAGGGCUCUGCGGAGAGGCGGGCCAGCUUCCAGAGGAGGGACUCCAGAGAGGGGAGCCCCUGGUCCUGGAAGACUCUGGCAUCCCGGGAGGUCACUGAGGUGACCGAGGUGACCGAGACGAUCGUGACAGAAAUCGUGGAGGUGACGGAGUAUCCGUCGGGAGAGAAAGGAGGCGCUCCAAUAGUCACCAGGACAGUUAGGGUGCUCAACGGCGUGGCGGAAGAACUGGCAGAGCUCCAAAGUGAUGGACAGUCCAGUUCAGACCAGGACUCCAGCCUGGAUAGAUGGAGGGGAACUAGAUCGGCUUUAACCCUGAGAGAUGAGUCGACAGACACAGAGACCUUCCUCCCAAACCUGGACUCUCUUCUCACUUGGGUCUGUGAGAUUGAGGAGCUAACAGCCAAUCAGAAGCCACCAUCGUCGGAGGUCAAAGUGGUGAAAGCGCAGCUGCAAGAACAAAAGCUGCUGCUCCGCCUCCUGGCUGACCGUAGGAAGAGCAUGGAGUUCACCAUCUCGGAGGGCCCUGCGCUUGUGGAGGCCCACCCAGGAGACGAGUGGGUAGAGGCCAAGGUCAAGCUGUCCACCCUCAAGCAGAAGUGGGAGGCCUUGAUUCUGGGUGCAGAGCAAAGGAGAUCAAGCCUAGAGUUAAUCCUGCCCAGGACACAACUCUUUCAAGAAGGAGUGGACGGCCUUCAGCAGUGGCUGAUGUCCGUGGAGCAAGGCCUGGCAGAGUUACGCAACUCUGAGAGAUUGAUGCUGCAUCUACCAGAGGCCACGGAGCGUGCCAAGGCUUUUGUCGAAGAGAUCAAAGUCAAAAACACAGAGUUGGGGAACGUACAGCAAACAGGGCACAACCUAAUGGAAGCUAUUUCCGAGGAGGAAGCCCAGCUGGUGCAGGAGAAGAUGGACUCACUGCGGAUCCGCAGCUCGGUGCUGAGCCUGAGCAGCCUGGACGUGCUGCAGCGGCUGGAGCAGGCCCUGGAGGCCUGCAGUCGCUGCAGCUCCAGCCAGGAAGACCUUCACCUGUGGCUGGGCCGCAUCGAGAGGGAGCUCCUGGGGCCGGCCGGGGCUCAGGCCCACGCUGGGGACGCAGCGCUCUGUGCUGCUGAGAGGCAGAUGUUGGAGCAGGCUGUACUGAAAGAGAUGGCCUGGUUCAAGAGCACAGCGCUGAAUCUUGAAAAGCUGAAGACCAUUUCUCUGGAUCCAAAUCUCAUAGCGGAACAACUCUAUGAGCAGAAGAUUUUGGCCGUGGAGAUUCUUCAACAUAGGUUUAACCUCGAAAAGAUGGUGAAGAUUUCUGAAAUCCUGCUCACAUACAGUGAUGAAGGGGAGACGGGUGAACUGCAGAACACAAUUGAGGCCUUACAGGAACAAUGCAACACUACCGCAGCCACCAAUUCCCACAUGGUGCUGCACCUUGAGCAUGCUCAGUCGCUCCUGCUACAGUUCUCAGAGGGCAUUGCCGAGGUGUCGCCAUGGUUACAAGAAACCCAAGCCCUUAUUGGCCAGCUCUCACUGAGCACCAUUAGCUACGAAGCCUUCCGGGAGCAACAAGACCUGUUACAGGGUCUGCGGGAGUCCAUCGCAGAGCACAGGCCCCUGGUCACCAGGCUGUGCUCCGUUGGCAAGCGCCUGUCAGAGCUCAACCCCGGCCAGGGGGAGGAGUUCCACAGGCAGGCCACUGAGGCCGAGCAGCGGCACAGUGCCAUCAGGGACCGGGUCAGGGAGGCUGCCGCACUGUUGGAGGAGUCCCUCCCUCGCUUCGCUCAGCUGAACGAGAGGAUGACGCUGGUCCGAGAGAGCCUGGAGCGGCUGCGGUGCCGCGUGCAGUGUCCCGCCUCGCUGCAGGGUCUGGCCCCCAGGAUCCAGGAGCAGCUGCAGGACAACAAGCACACCCUGGCCGAGCUGGUCAAGCUGGAGCUGGGCCUGGCCAGCGUCAAGACCCAGGCGGACGAGCUGCUGGCCAACACCCAGGCCGCAGGGGACGACUCCAUAGGGAAAGCCAUCCAAGAGAGGGUGUCCAGUCUCUCGCAGCUGUGGGUGGAGACCCACGAGGAGGCCGAAGAAAGGGAUCGCUGGCUCCUCAAAAUAUUGGAUCUAGCCCUGAAGUUCUGGAGCGACAUCGGAGAUCUGACGGCGGCGCUCAGCGACGCGCAGCAGGCCGUCCUUGACCUCAAUGGCAGCCGCACAGACUCAGAGACCAUCCGGCAAAGCCUGGAGAGUAUGCAGACUCUGAGGGAGGACAUAGAUGGUCUGCAAGGAGAUCUGGACACUCUGGGAAUGCUGGGGAUGGACCUGAUGUCUGCCUGUGGAGACACAGACAAACCGGAAGUAACAAAGAGCUUAGACGAGCUCUACUGCACAUGGAACAACGUGAGCAAGUUGUGGCAUGAGUGUCAUAAGAAGCUGGAGGAAUCCCUACAGCUGGCACUAUUCUACCAGGAUACUAUGCAGGGGCUCUUCGAGUGGCUAAAAUCGGCUGAGCUGAGGUCCACGGAGGAGUUCAUGGUAGGGACUGACCUGGAAUCCGUCAAGGAGCAGCUUUGUGAUCUCAAGGAGUUCAAGCGAGAGCUGUACCAGAAGAAGAUAGAGAUAGAGAGUCUGAACCAUCGCUUCGUGUGCCGGCUGGCCCCGGGCUCCGAGCGUCCGGGCUCCGUCUCUCCCCUGUGUGACUUCAGGCAGCGCUGGGACAGCAUCGAGUCCGAGACGGUCAACAGACAGCAUCAACUGGAGUGUGCCCUGCUGGGCCUGGGUCAGUUCCAGAACACCCUGGACGAGCUACACACCUGGCUCUCCCGAACCGCUGAGCAACUGCAGGGCCUGCAGCCAAUCAGCAUCGACCUGCAGACCUGUGAGAUAGAGCUGGCCAAGCAUAAAGUUCUGAGGAAUGACGUCAUGUCCCGGGUGCGUACGGUGGAGGCCCUGAACCUGGCGGGCCGCGGGUUGCUGGAGGCGGGUUCCGGGGAUGGCUCCCACGGACUGCCCUCUCUGCUGGAGCUGCUCAAUGAACGCUGGGAGUUCGUCCGAUGUGAGACGGAGCGCAGACAGCUGGAGCUGGAGAACAACCUCAGCCAGGUGCAAGAUGUUACGAUGGAGAUCCAGGAUCUCCUCCAGUGGCUGGAGAACACAGACCUGAGGUUGUCUUCCACCAGAACAGUGUGGGGCAUGCCCGACUCAGCCAAUGAGAGGCUCAAUGCUCACCUGGAAUUGUGUGUGGAGAUGGAGUCGAAGCUUCAUGCGUACACGGACGUGAGGAACGCCAUCCACAGGAUGCUGGAGCGUAACAACGUGGCGCGCGGCUCCAGCACGGAGCACAGCAUGUCCAUCCUGGAGCAGAAGUGGACCUCUGUGAAUGGCAAAGUCCAGGAGCGCAAGGCAAAGCUUACACAAGGACUGGGCCUGGCUAAGGAGUUCCACAGCACCAUCCAGGAUCUUCUCACCAAGAUGGCCAAGUGUGAAGAGUCUAUCGCUGAGCUGCCUUCUCCAAGCUAUAUCCCGGAAAGUCUUAGUGCUCAGCAGCAAGAUCACAGGGUUCUGGUGAACGAGGUGAACUGCUACGGUGAGAGGAAGCUCAUGGUGGAGAACGUGGGUUCCAGACUGACGGACCUGAGCAGGAAGGAAGACUGCGACGUCAUUCACAACCUCAUCAUGACUGUCCAGGACCGUUACAAAAAGCUGGUCCAUCACACUGCCGACCGAGGAAAGAUUCUGGAAGAGGUCAAGAAGAACGCCAGACAGUUCAAUGAGUCUUGGCGUAUGCUAAUCGACUGGAUAACUGAAGUUGAGCAAACGCUGGACACCCAUAAAGAGAUUGCUGUCACCCAUGAGGAAAUUAAACAGCAGCUGACCGAACAGAAGGACUUCCAGAAGCUGAUGAGGUCCAAGAGGCCCAUGUACGAGGCCACGCUGAAGAACGGCCGCAGCCUCCAUGACAGAGCGAAGAGCAGCCAAGACAGACAGCAUCUGGAGAACCUCCUGGCUGAGCUCAAGGACUCCUGGGACACCAUUAACGGGAAGUCAAUGGAGAGGCAACACAAACUGGAGGAGGCGCUGUUGUUCUCAGGCAGGUUCACAGACGCCCUCCAGGCCUUGAACGACUGGCUGUACAGAGCAGAGCCCCAGCUGGCCGAGGACAUGCCUGUGGGAGGCGACAAGGACAUGGUCAGCAAUCUGAUAGACAAGCAUAAGGCCUUCCAGAAGGAGUUGGGGAAGAGAGCGGGUUGCAUCAGGACCCUGAAGCGCUCCGUCCGGGACCUGACCCGGAGCAGCACCAGCGAUGCCCACUGGCUGCAGGAGCAGAUGGAUGAGCUGGAGAGCCGCUGGGAGGCAGUGUGCAAACUGUCUGUCACAAAGCAGGACCGCCUUGAGGUGGCACUGAAGCAGGCUGAGAAGUUUGAUGAGCUCGUCCACACUUUCAUGGAGCGCCUGUCAGAGGUGGAGAGGGUCCUGAAGUAUGGCAUCAUACCUGAGGAAUGGCAGGGCUUGCUUGCCUUCCGCAAACAGCAUGAGGAGUCCAUGAGUGCUCUGCAGUCCCAGAAGAUGGCGCUAGAAGACAUCAGGUGUCUUGGGGAGGAGCUCCUGUCCUUCUGUCACCCGGACUCCAUUAUAACCCUGAAGUCCUGGAUCAGUGUCACCAAGACCCGCUUUGAGGAGGUUCAGACGUGGGCCGACCAGCAGGACCAGAGGAUCAACGGGGCUCUGGCAGCCAUGGAGGCGCAGAGGGAGGAGGGCCAGAGGCUCCUGGACUGGGUCUCCUCAGCAGAGGAGGCCCUCAGCCUCAGAGACCAGGACCCCCUCCCUGAGGCUGUGGAGCACAACCUGGAGGUCAUCGCACAGCACAUGGUGUUCAUGGAGGAGUUAAACAGAAAGUUUCCGGAGGUGGAAAACGCCACAAAAUCCUGCAAGCGCAAAAGCAUUCCCAAGCAGCAGAUCUCCCCCAGCAAAAGACUAUUUAUAAAGAAGAGGAGCGCGUUGAAGCUCCAGCCAGCCCCUGCCCUCCCACUGGAGCACCUUGACCCCCAAACCCCCCAGCUCACCCAGCUGGUCAGCAGCUGGCAGAGGCUUUGGCUCCUGGCGUUGGCCAGACAGACCCGGCUGGACCAGCACCAGCUGACCCUCAUACAGAUGGAGGAAUUUGCGAAUUUCGACUUCAACGUUUGGCGCAGGCGCUACAUGCAGUGGAUCAGCCACCUGAAGUCUCGCAUCCUGGACGUGUUCCGCACCAUCGACCGCGACCAGGAUGGACGCAUCAGCCUGAAGGAGUUCAUGGAUAACGUCUUAGCAUCAAAGUUUCCCACCAACGCUCUGGAGAUGAAUGCUGUGGCGAGCAUCUUCGACACCAACAGCGACGGCUACAUCGACUACUAUGAGUUUGUCAGCGCCCUCCACCCGAGCAGAGACCCUUACCGGAGGCCGCUGGACCCUGAUCAUAUCAAUGAAGAGGUGAGUCGACAGGUGUCCCAGUGUAACUGCCCCAGGAAGUUCCAAGUGGAGCAGAUCAGUGCCAAUCGAUACAGGUUUGGCGAUUCUCAGCAGCUGCGGAUGGUGCGCAUUCUGCGCAGUACCCUCAUGGUCCGGGUCGGAGGAGGCUGGACCGCUCUGGAUGAGUUUCUGGUCAAGAACGACCCGUGUAGAGUGAAGGGUCGGACCAACCUGAAGAUCAAGGAGAAGUACUUGUCCCCAGCAGGGGGCUCCGCCAAGGGCUUGACUGUCAGCAGGUCUAACUCAAGCCUUAGUCUGUACAGCAGUGCCUCUGCCCCCACCAGCCCAAUGACACGCAGGGCAUUGCUCCGCAGAAGUUUCUCAGGUGACCGCUGCAUUCGUCCCAGGAGCUCCAUCGCUGCACUGGGGACCGACCUACAGUUUACCCCCCCAGGGCAGGACCUCACCCCCUCUCCAUGUGAAGAGGUCGAGAAGCUGCCCACGUAAUCACCUUUGACCGUGGGGCUUUGCGUACGCAGCGAGCAGCCUGCCGGAGCCUGGGCUCUGGGAACAAAGACUCUUACAGAGGAGAGCUGAAGGAGAACACACCAGUCACGUUGCACCACGAAGUCAACCGAUGGGAAGUGCUGAAGCGCCGUCUAUUUGACUGUACGUUUGGGGUGGCGAAACAUGAGACAGAGGUCACUCUUGUAUGAACGCCGUAGGGGGCAGCUUGGAUGUAAAAUGAUAUUUCCCCCCCUCAUUAGCUUUUAUAAAGUAGUUCCUGAUAUUAUAUAGGGAGAUUGCAUAGAGUAGAAUGCAUGGAUGUAUAGCAUGGGGUCGAUCAUACUCACAAACAUGUUUUUAUUUUGCUGUGUAGAUUAUGAACACAGUGCAACGGCAACUGACCUUUAAAACUGCCACAUCACAUACUAUUUUGUUCAUUUUUCAUGGACUACUUCGUCGGAUAAUAUUAUCCUUCCCUGCUGCAAGUUAUUAUUGUAACAUUCAGUUCACACUGAUCGAUACGACAAAGAUACCAGCAUUGUAUCUUACAAACGAGUGUCAGCUAUGAGAAACAUUUUUUUAUCUUACAUUUCACAAACAUUUUAUUGUUGGCAGGGCCACUGUGGUUUUUUUUACUCACUGUCACUGCUGUUUUUGAUAUUUGUUUUAUAUAUAAUAUUCUGUGAGUAUUGUUUUAAAUGCUACAGAGUCUAAUGAUCAAUGCACUAAAUUGACAGAGGUCACGGUUGGUUUGUAGAGAUUCUUUUCUCAGGUUGAGGUAUGCCUAUUAUUCUGGAAUCAUACACCCAGACUGUAUAUGUCUUUGCAUACUGUCUCGUUUAAUACAUGUAAGGGUGUGUGGAAGGUUGAUUGUAAUGCGAUAUUUGAAAAAAAUUGGGUAAGCAAUUUGGUGUAUUUUAUUGUAGCCAUGUUGAGACAAUAUUUUGGAAGAAUUGCCUUUACUUUAACCGUCCCUCCACUAGUGCACUGCCACUCAAUAGUACUUUUUUUUUGCUAUGUCACUUUUAAAUCCAAAGCAGUACAUUUUUUCUGAUUAUCUUUAAUCAUUUAAAUGGUUAACCUUCCCGUCGUUGUCAUGUGCCACUUAUAGGACACUCUAGAGUACCUUUCAAAAUAGUGAACAUAUUCUUUACAUGUUCAAAAAGUUAUCUCUAAGUACACAUCAUGCCUAUAUAUAAUGCACCUGUUUAAAAAAGAAUGUUUAUAAUGAGUGUCUUUUGAAUAGCAACACAAUUACAAGUGACAUUUUGUAAGCAAGGUAAGAGACUGAACAGGUCUGACGCAUUGUAAAUGUCCUAUAUCCGGUAUUUAGCCCUUUUUUUCUAUGUCAAGUUUGUACUUUCUUCUUCAGCUGGAAGUAGAUUUCCAACUGGAUGCUUGUGUAUCGAAUGAUUUAUAAUGGGGGCUAUUCUGUCUUCACGUAUGGAGGUUUUUUGGAAGUAUGUUAGAAUGUUACUAUGCACAAUAUAGAACCUUCUUCUUUCAGCUUUGAUGUCACAACGUCAGUUUACUAUAAUGUAAGAUACCGCAACCCUAUUUUAACUCUAGGGACCCUAAAUUGUCUGUACUGUACAUGUUUCUAUACCCACGAUGCACAUGAUGAAUCGUAUUUAGAAAAAACUAGAAGAAUGAUGUUUGGUCACUUGUAAACAAAGAACAAAACACUUUUGUAAUGAAA